AUGGGGGCUGUAGUGGCAGCUAGGUUAGGGAAAUAUUUAUUGAAAAUGUUUCAGGAUUUGGUAGGUAGGUUAGUUCUGUGGACGAAAUCAGAAAUUUGUUUGCGGUGGAUAAAGGGGUCAGUGCGUGAGUGGAAGCAGUUCGUGUCGAAUACAGUUGCAGAAAUAGAAGACUGUAGUUCGCCUGAUAAGUGGAAAUAUUGUCCAGGGUCGGAAAACCGAGCACAUAAGUUAACUCAUGGUGAAACAGCAAAUGCAUUGGUGAAAGAUAAUAAUUGGUGGCAUGGUCCAUCAUGGUUGAAAGAUUCUGAAGAUCGAUGGUCUGAGCAAAAGAUUAAAGCAGAAACUCAUACUAAAAAUUUAGAAAGUUCAAGCACUUAUAUUCAGGUGACGGUUCGAGAACGAGAAACUGCAUCAAACAUUACCAAAUUCAGCAGUCUGGAAGAAUUGUUGACAGUUGCAGCAUGGGUAAAGCGGAUUGUCGCCAAGCUAAGAAAACACACUUGUGCAGAAGGUCCUCUUACUGUAUUGGAGAUCCAAGAAGCUGAGGAGUACUGGAUGAAACAAGUCCAGAGAGAGAAUUAUUUUUCGGAUAUUCAACAACUAGAGAGGACUAAUCUAAUAACACCAGACUCGAAGCUUUAUAGUUUAGCACCAUAUCUGGACAGUAGAGGUAUUUUGCAUGUCAGAGGUCGUUUGAAACAAGCAGAAUUAAUAGAUGACAAAAAAACAUCCUAUUAUACUGCUUAA